UACAUACCAUACAUAUGUAUCAUAUUUGUUUCUAUAUAUAUAUAUGAUAAGCUUUGGUAUGUGACCGACCUUUCGUGCUCUUUGAUUUGGUUUCUCAUCCUGAAAAGCUUGGUGGUCUUGGUUGGCUUCAAUGGCCAAUAUGAGAUCACUCAUGUCAAGCUUUUCCUCCUACUUCAAAAUGCUUUUGCUGCUUCUCACUAUUUCUGAGACAUUUAUACAGACAAGUGGUUAUGAUUUUGGAAUCAACUAUGGACAAAUAGCCAACAAUCUUCCCUCUCCAUCACGCGUUGCUGUUCUUAUAAAAUCACUGAAUGUAAGCAGAUUGAAGCUCUAUGAUGCUGAUCCAAAUGUUCUAUCAGCUUUCUCCAAUUCCAAUGUGGAAUUCAUUAUAGGACUUGCAAAUGAGAAUCUUCAAAGCAUGAGAGACCCUUCAAAAGCUCAGAGUUGGGUUCAGCAAAAUGUUCAACCUUACCUAUCACAGACCAAGAUCACAUGCAUCACUGUAGGAAAUGAAGUCUUCAAUCUAAAUGAUACUCAGCUCAUGAUGAAUCUCCUUCCAGCAAUGCAAUCUGUUUAUAAUGCCCUUGUUAACCUUGGAUUAUCACAACAAGUUACUGUAACAACAGCACAUUCAUUCAACAUUUUAUCUAGUUCAUUCCCUCCUUCAUCUGGUGCUUUUAGGCAAGAUUUGAUUCCAUAUAUACAACCACUCCUUAACUUCCAUGCUCAAACCAAAUCACCUUUUCUUAUUAAUGCAUACCCUUUCUUUGCAUACAAGGACAGCCCUGAUAAGAUUUCAUUGAGUUAUGUACUAUUUCAACCAAAUUCUGGCUCAAUUGAUCCUGUAACCAAUCUGCAUUAUGAUAACAUGUUGUAUGCUCAGAUUGAUGCUGUCUAUGCUGCCAUCAAGGCCCUAGGCCAUACCGAUAUCGUGGUUAGGAUUUCGGAGACAGGUUGGCCUUCUAAGGGUGACCCAGAUGAGGUUGGAGCUACACCAGAGAAUGCAGAGAUAUAUAACAGCAAUUUGUUGAAGAGAAUACAGCAGAAACAAGCAACUCCUGCAAAUCCAUCAGUUCCAAUUGAUAUCUUUGUAUUUGCACUUUUCAAUGAGGAUUUGAAGCCUGGUCCUGCAUCAGAGAGGAACUAUGGCCUUUAUUAUCCUGAUGGUUCACCAGUUUAUAACAUUGGAUUACAAGGUUAUCUCCCAGAAAUGGUUAUAGAAUCCAAAUCCAAUGUUUUGUCCAUCAAUUUUCUUAUUUAUACUAUUACAUGCUUGGUGUUGUGUUGGGAGCUUUCAAGAUUGUGAUCAGAAUAAGUUAGUGAUAGAAGUAAAGAUAUUCAUAUAGAUCAUUCUUUUGCAGCUGAAGUUGUUGAAGGAAGGUUUUUUUGGCGACUUCUUUGCAGGAAGUUUGACAAAUGUAAAAGCAGUACACUUUCUUUUCGCAACAAAUUCUACGCUUUUGGUAGAUAGCUAUGGUUGCAAGUUGGAGGCUUAGUUCGUACAUAUAGCUUUGCUCAAACCAUUCAUAUAGUUAUUGAUUUGUCAAUUCUACAAUAACUAAAGGUAGAAGGCUGAUGUUGGAUUUUGUAAUACGGAUUAGAGUUUUCUGUUCUUUCUUUUUCUUUUUUUCUUUGUUGGAAAAAGUGGAGUUUUCUUUGGAUAUAAAGGGAAAAAGAAAAUAGAUUUAGUUGUAUAUGUAAAGAAAAUGUUGGAUAAUGAGGAAGCUGUUUCGUUCCACUUUGUGUACA